AUGACUGCAGCUCUCUUUGCGCUGAUUCAUCAUCCAUAUUUCUAUGGCCUUCAGAAGGUCGGGCUCCAGCUGAAAGUCGCUGCUAGUGGGAUGAUAGUGAACAAGGGUAUUCGUCUUUCAAGUUCUGCUCUUCAUAAGACCACCGUUGGUCACAUGGUAAAUUUACUUUCUACGGAUAUCAACAAAUUCGAUAUGGGUUUCCUCUUUCUUCAUUACAUGUGGGUUUCUCCACUUCUACUAAUCGCUUACAGCUACUGUCUGUGGCAGGAAAUCGGCCCAUCAUCUUUUGCCGGUUUUGGAGCCUUGGUACUGCUCAUCCCGAUUCAAGGCUACUUCAGCAGACAGAUGGGAGCAUGC